AUGGAUUUGAGAUAUUGGAAUAAAACAAUACAAACAUCCCACCGACAAACACGCAGCUUAAGUACUCCAUUCCCACACCUCCUAAUACAAUGGAGGAAAUCCAUGCUUCUCAGCCUGCAACUGCGCUGUCAACGCCACAGCCGAAUUAAAACCACUAUCAAUCGCAGCCGGGGUAGCCUUAUAUACAAUCCAGCCAUGAUCAUUGAAAUUGCACUAUCAAUUGCUGGAGCUGCUUUACUCACUACCAUCAACCUACAUUCUUCUACAGCAAGAAUUGCCCGUUAUCAACUUGUGUACGGCAUUAGAAUUGGGUUUGGAUUUGGUCAACUAAGUUAUAUCGUUCAAACCCUAUUACCGGAAAAAGAUGUUCCCAUCGGUGUGACAUUUAUAACAAUUGUCCAAAAUCUCAGUGCCUCAAUCUUCGUGGCAGUAGCACAAAGCAUUUUCCAAGGGGAGAUGCACAAGCGUCUUGAACCGCUUCUGCAACAGUCUUCCAACCCGUCUUCUAUCUUGCUGUCUGCCUUACUCAAAAUCCUGUCAUCAUUGCCACCAGAAACUGAAGAGACAGCAAAGACCGCCAUUAGUGAUUCCAUAAUCCGGGCAUUUUGUGUAUCGCUGGCGUUAAGUUGUGUAUCUGUUGUUGGCGCUUUUGCUAUCAAGUGGGUUCCUAUGCAAGACCCUGCCAAGCAAGACCUUGUUAAGCAAGAUAAAUCGUCCCCUGAAGAGACCACGCAGAAUAGAAGAGAAGGUGUAAAAGAAAAUGAAAAGCAAGGUAAAAAGCAAGAUGGGAAUAUCACUGCAGCUUAG